ACGCCCGCGCACGCCGCAGCCCCGCUCCCCGCCCGCUGCCUGCAGCCACCCGGCCGGGCCCGGUCGCUGUGUGCUGGGGGGAGGGGGCCGCACGGACUCGUCCGAUCCGGGCCUCUCCGACACCCCGAGCCGAGGAGGGGAGGCGCCGCGGUCCGGGCAGCCCUGCGGACUCCCCCCUUUUGCGAGAACUCUGAAACACUCUCUCUGAUCUGCGCUUUGCUCCUCAUGUGUCAAUUCUGAUAUCUUCAAUUAUAGACAGAAAAAUGAUGCAUCCUGUUGCCAGCAGUAAUACAGCUUUCUGUGGGACUGGCAAGAGUUCUUGCCUUAACGAAGACAAUGUGAGAUCCACUGAUCAGUUUGACUUAUAUUCUACACAGCAAAGCAAAUACAGCCACACAGUCAGCCACAAACCAAUUGCAUGCCAGAGACAAGACACGUUAAAUGAAACACACUUGCAGGCCACAAGUGGCAGGAAUAUAGAGACAAAAGAUGAACUAAAGAAAAAGAAAAACCUCAACCGAUCUGGUAAACGUGGAAGGCCAUCGGGGACCACAAAAUCAGCGGGGUACCGAACCAGCACAGGUCGACCUCUUGGGACCACCAAAGCAGCUGGAUUUAAAACAAGUCCAGGCAGACCCUUGGGUACAACUAAAGCUGCAGGAUACAAAGUCAGCCCAGGCAGACCUCCAGGUAGCAUUAAAGCUCUAUCACGGCUUGCAAAUCUAAGUUAUACUUGUGGCAGUGCAGCUUUUCCCUAUCCUAUGGUGCAUAACAGAGGAGUACAUGCUGCUGGUGAAACUAGUAGCAAAGUCAAACAACCCAAUGAGUGAAAGAAAGGAAUUAGAUAGCAUUUCCUAAUUAAUCCUUUUUAAACUGAGUCUUGGCAUGUUUCUCACAUUUUUAUGUAAUAUUUCUAUAACUUUGGCUUUCCAAAUCCUAUUUUUUUGUUUAUAUGUCCAACGUGCAAUCCACUAUUUUUUAAUGUAAAAUGAAAAGGCAUAGGUAUUGCUUUGUUUUUGUUUUUUACAUAGGUUUAUAAGUAAACUCUUAAAUUAUGCCCUUGUGUGUUUCUUUAAAGUAAUAUUCAUAUCCUGAGCUUCACAAUUAUUGUCUGAAAAAUUUAAUUGUGUGAUUAUGCACCAAGAAAUUGAGAUAAGCAGGAAAACAUUAUCUGGCUGUUGGCUAUGAAGUGAGCCUAGGCCAUAAUAAAGAUCUUGUCCAGAAGAAUUUAUAACUGAUGAAACAAAACAAACAAUUCUGGACUAUUUUACAAGUGAGAAUCUGUUACAGUUUUGAUAUGCCUGUGGGUUUUGUGAAUAGAGAGCAAACUAAAUUUUCCACUUUUGCUAGACCUGAUACAGACCUCAAUUGUUCAUAAAUAUUUUGAAACUUUAAAAACUAUUUUUUUUUUAAAGUGCUAAUUUCAGGCAGUUUUUAUUUGCUCUUUGUAGCAUUGGCAGGUCUCACUGAUGUUCCAAAAUAUUUUUUGAAAAUGUGUAGUAAUAAUAAUAAUAAACAUUUAUGCAGCGCUUUGCAUCUUCAAAAGCGCCUUACAAACAUGAGCUAAUUUGCCUUUAGGUAAUGGCAGAUCUUGUAGUUAUGCUACUUACAGGAUUCUGCUGUAUAAUUUAAAAAAUGCCUGAGAGUGCAUAUACCAAACUGCAAAUAAUUAAUUAAAAAUCUGAUAUAUUUUAUAAAUAACUACAAAAUAAGUACUGUUAAUUCUAGUAACAAACUGAAUAGACAGUAAUAUUAAGCAGUAUGUUCUUAAAUCUGUAAAUAGCUACAUAAACUGUUUUUUGCCUUCACAGUAUGUGCUUUGAUGGCAGCAGUUAAUAAGUUUUAAAGUACUAAUUUAAUAUGUUUAUAGAUUACACUUUUUUACACUGUUGCCAGCUUUUCAGAUUUCGUUUUUCCAGAUGUUCCAGGAAUACAGUUAUCCCAUUGUUUAACGUUUAUACUAUAUUUAAGUUAUGGAAGCUUAUAUAUCUACCAAAGGAUAACAUUUUCAUGAUUCAUAAUAGCAAACUGUAUAGCUGGUUCAAACAGGAUACAGUUUACCAAAUUGCUAGACCCCAGAUAGAAAGCAUUUCAUAGGAAUUAAUCUAUGCAUGCAAGUUGAAAAGCUAUGUUGGUUAACUAUAAAUAUCUUUUUCUGACUCAAACUGAGACCUUUCCUGCAUCUCAGCAGUUCCAUUUUCAACUGGGUGUGUUUGGUUUAAAAAAGUGCAUGAGUGUGUAAUAGGUACACACCCACCUAUACUUGGAAAAUAUCAUUCCUCAAUAUUGCAUAUUGUUAUAUUUAUUCUAAAUAGCUCUUGCUAGAGUUAAAGCUUUUAAUUCUGGAAGAAAGUUUACAUUAAAAUUGUUUAAAAUAUAGUUUAAAAUUAUACUGAAUUUGUAGCUUCAAAUACCGGUGGGAGUUAUAUAAUGUUUGCAGGUUUUUGGGAACAGAAGCUUUCAGGUUAAUUAGAGCUUUUGUUGAAAAUGAACAGUACCAAUACUUUUGUUGUAAGAUAAAGUCUGGCUUGCUGUAAUUUUGAUGAGAACUCUGAUUUCAGUAAUGACAACUUAAGAAACAGAUGUCAUGUUUCAUACCUUUUUUAUCAGGAAAAAAGCAGCAAGCCUUCAGGUGUUCCAGUGAUGCCUAACACAUAAUGAGCUGGACUUUAUGAUGUACUUUACAAUAGGUGGGUUGAAUUGUGAUUGAGGGACUAUGUAUGCACUGGCAACUAAGACAAUGAACCUCAACAAUACUGGAUGGCUCCUUAGUCAAUGUGUAAACUAAUGGCAGCUAAACUGCUACUAAAAUAUAGUUUCUCCAUGCUGAAGCUAUAAAGUCAAGUUACACUUUCUGUUCCUCAACAAACUGAAAAAUAUGACACUCUUAGUAAUUUUUCUCAGAAUGGUGUAACUUCUGAUACACGCAAAAAGCUAACAUGAGCUAAUUCACCCUCAGGAUAUGUGUUAUAUUGGCUGUUUUAUCAGAUGAUUUUUCAACAAAAGGCUGCUUUAAGUUUCCUGAACUCUUCCUGGAAAGCAGUCUUCUUCAGCUGAAUGUAAUAACUACAGGAGUGUCACACCUCGCUGGCAAGGAACACUUUGCAUGUCACCAAUGUACCUUCGAAUAAUGCCACUUCUUACCUCCUUCUGUUUAUCCUGUUCACCCGUUUCGUUUCUCACUUGUGCAUCUACUCAAUGGUGCUGUGCCGUGUGUCAGGAGAUAAUGCAGAUGUAUUAUUGUUCUACUAGAAUAAUGAAUUUUGUAUUCAAGUAUGUGGAUGAAAUAAUGAAAUCAUCUAAACAAUUUAUAUUAAUUAUAGUGUUUAUUAAUAUCAGAUGAAAUAUAAUCCCAGUAAAAAGAAUGAACGUUGUCAGUUGUGAAAGGAUGAACUAAAGUAGAAAAAUGUGUUCAUGGCAUCUGUAAAGGGCCACUUGGCACCUUGGAUUUAGCAAUGAGACCAGAAAGUGCAAUGCUGGGCACUUCGUUAUUCUGGUUUAUUUCAUCCAUAACUGCAGUUUACUGGUGCCAUGCUAUGGGAGAAAGAGCGAGAAGUCAAGAAGUCAAAGUGAAAUAUGAAUGGAAUCUUCAAAUGUUUUUGCUUUGCCUAUUAUAUAUAAUCUACAGAAUAUAUUGUGCUUUUUUUGUAACACUGUCUGUUGUCAUGACAAACACUGAAACAGCAUGUUAAUGCCUAUACUUUGAUAUUAUCAAUGGGAAAACUGGCCUUUUCCACUAUAGUAUGAAAACAUUAUUUGUAAGGUAAAUCGCUAAUUUUAUAUUAUGUUCAAUAAUUCUGCUCUUCAUAAGAUAGGGUUACUGUUAUGUACUAAAACUGUUGAGAAAAAUGAUCUACAUGUCAAGUUUUGUGUUUUUAAUGAUUUUUUUAAAUAUCACAUUUCUAAUGUCUUAUUUAUACAUAAGUGAAACCUAAGUAAUAGAGAAUUCAAAAGCCAUUGUUUAAAAUACAUCCAGUAACUGCUAUUCAAUUUCCAAUUAAAUUUACAUCCACUUUAGAAUUCAGUAAUUUUGCUACUAUUUUUGAAGUUUUGCACUGUACAUUUUCAGAAUGCUAGCAGCACAUACUGUCAGGAAAAAAUAUCUAUCAGAAAGUGGCUAACUUUUAAUACUAAAAUGGCAUUUUUAAAUAUCCACUGUUAGCUCUGUCAUUAAAACAACACAUUCUUUAUACAUUGUAUUUGCUUUUAAUUAAUCACACACAACUUCAUAUAAGACCCAUUAAACAUCUUUGUUCUGAAAUAAUACAUUUUCAUUUUGUCUGGAAGUUUUCUUUGGAUUCAGUCAGGACAAAACCAAACCUAGUCAGUGGAGUGAUAUGUUUGGGGAAAGAAUUACCUUUAUCUGCAACAAAUGAAGUAAUCGAGAUCAGAACUUCACUUUUUUUAUCCAUUUUGAAGAGCUUUAAAAGGCAGAGCAAUUCAAGGUUUUUUGUCUGAAGGUUACUUUAGCUGUGACUCUGCUGUUCUCUGUACUACAUGUACAGUAAAGUUUAAUGCUAUUCCAACAGAAAAUUAAAAAUACAAAGCAAUUGAUCAUAAUCAUAAAAACUUGGAACUGCAAACUUCAUUUCUGAUCACAAAAGUUUGUUCCCUUGAUCAUUAUUAUUAUAAUACAUAUAUUUUAACAUUGCUUAAAUAUGUUUUUGAACUCUAGUAGACACUAGAGCCUUUUCCUAGUGAUUAUUCUCCCCAUGUAGGCAAAUCUAUAUGUUCAAAUUUUUGCAAGUAUAAUGAUGAUAGGAUAAAUUGUUAGGAAGAUUUUGCUUAUCAUGUAGUAAUUUGGACCACUUUGAUUCCUUAAUCUUUCACAGAUUGCUUUUCCCACAGGUUAUUUUGGAGGAGACAAUUACCCAAUAAAUAUCUAAUAUCAGCACCCUGUUCUCUGCUGUAAAAAGCCUGUUUAGAUGCUGUUUGUUUUUAUGUCCAUGAACUUGAGCUACUCAUGUGCAAUUAUGUGUAUGGGAAUGGAGUAGUCUUCAUGAUCUGUAUUUACAUCACCAUAUGGAUGUAUAUUUAUUAAUAAAGUCAAUACAUUAAAACCAAAUAUUUUAUUCUUGUUUUACACCAUUCUGAAACUUGGUGGUUCUCUUUCUAAAGAAGAUGGAGUGGCAGCAUUGUGAGGUACUUUUCAAUAAGGCCUUAGAUUAACUCAUCUCUUGUGAAUGUAUGGAUGCUGCUUUUCCUUCUGCUUUACUUCAUUCAUGUUUUCAAGUGACCUAAAUUUGAUACUGCAAAUGUUAUGCCAUUUAUUAUAUGAUUAUAUUUUAAAUCCAUUCUUAUUUUCCUUUUGCCCCAAACAUUAUAUAUUUUCAGCUCUCUAAAGAGAGAGAGAGGAAAGACCUCUAACUAAAUCAGAUUUUUUCCCCCCACCCCCACAGGGAUGUCACAUGACUUAAUUUUUUUCUUCAGUACAGGAUUUGAUAAGCUGAUGCGUAUAUUUGUUAGUGAUAAAUGGCCAAGUGUUCUUUAUAAGCGAGUGCCAGCAGAUUUGUGGCCUAAUAAAAAAUCCCACUUUGUAUUGCAAGUUAUCAGAAAAUA